ACAAUAACGAUAAUUGGAUCUCUGUUCCAUCUCUUGGAUUGAAUUGAGGGUUCUUGCUUCAGAUGUUUUCACCUUUAUGAUGGGUAAGUGUGCUUUGUAAGUGACAAAGUUCUUUUCUCUAGUCUUUUGGAGUUUGAGCAAUGAAUUCUGUUAGAACUGAAAUACUUGGACUUUCUGGGUUUAUUGUAUUUAUGAAAACUUGGUUUAUAGUAUGUUCAUCAGUGUAGGAAUGACAAUUCUGGACUUGAAAUGGAAUUUCUGUUGAGAAAUAAGCAAUUGUCUGUUUGGAAAUCUGAUACUGCUUGGUGAGGUUUACAGCUUCAAAACUGAAGAAAACAAUUUACUUGGGUGAAAGAAGAAGAAUUUGGCUCCAAGAUGUGAUUUUGUCUUUUGGGGUUUGUGAGUACAUGAGUUUAGUUGUGCUUUUUGGAAUAUAUGAUUGGUUUUUAUUGCUUAACGCAUCAGUUUCAGUUGGGAUUAUAUAUAUGUACAGAUUAGAGCUAUCAGAAUGCAGAUGAUUGUUGUUGGCAGAUGAAAUUCAAGUCUGCCUUUUUGUUGAUAUUAGAUAUGUUCAGAUUAGAGCCUUGAGAAUGGAGAUGGUCCAAUAAUAGAGAAGUAUGUUAUCUGCUUCUCAGUGUAAUGGUUGUUCAAAGACAGUGUUUGAGUAUUUGAGCAUGUAUCAGUAUGGGCGAGGUAUCCGCCUUUUAAGUUCAGCUUCGACUAGCAGCAGGAGCUUCUGGGAUCCGACUGUUGCCCUCGAACUCAAUCACCUAACUCUUGCAUUGCUGGAGAAAUGUCGUACAAGGUACCAUUUCAAACAGAUUUUGGGCCAGAUGAUGAGGACCUGUCUCAUAGGCCAAACAUUUCCCAUGAGCAGGCUCCUCACAUUCUCUGCCAUCUCGUACCCUGAUAAUUUAGACAUUGCAGUUCUCCUUUUCAAUCACUAUACUCCUUGUCCCAAUCUUUACAUAUACAAUUGCAUGAUCUCUGCCUUAUCUUUCUCUAAAAGUCAGUCAUUUGGCCUAUACAAGUCCAUGCUCUAUGAUGAUAUAUACCCGGAUAAAAACACUCUUCUUUACUUACUCCGAGCAUCCAAGAAUCUAUCAGAUGUAAAGCAGAUUCACUGUCAUGCCAUUGUUACCGGUUUGUUGUCACAGGGAUACCUGCAAAACAGCCUCAUCAAGAUGUAUAUGGAGAAAGGACAAAUGGAGCUAUCUCACCUGGUUUUCCAUCAUCUGCCAACACCAGAUAGGGUCUCAUUUAAUAUCAUGAUCGUUGGUUAUGCUAGGAAGGAAUAUUUUUCAGAAGCUCUACAACUCUUCUAUAAAAUGAUGGAUUUGGGUCUUAAACCAGAUGACUUUACCAUUUUAGGACUGCUUAUGUCAUGUGGAGGAAUAGGAGAUGCCCGGCUGGGAAUGUCUGUACAUGCAUGGAUUGAGAGGAGAGAAACCAUUACUUCAAAUUUGAUCUUGGUGAACGCUCUUUUAGACAUGUAUGUGAAGUUCAAUAAACUGGAGACUGCCCAAAAUAUUUUUAAUGCUUUAGAGGAGAAAGAUAUUGUUUCAUGGAACACCAUGACUGCAGGGUAUGCUAAGGUUGGCAAUUUAGAACUUGCCCACAAUUUCUUCAAGCAAAUGCCUAGAAGAGAUCUUGUUUCUUGGAAUUCAUUGAUUUCUGGCUAUGCCAAGAGGGGUGAAUAUGAUAUGGUAAUUAAGGUAUUCCACAAUAUGGUAACAGAGAAUGUGAGGCCUGAUAAUAUCACUUUGGUUAAUUUGGUCUCUGCUGCAGCAGAAAUUGGAGCACUCGACAAAGGAAAAUGGAUGCAUGGCUUGAUUUUGAGAAUGCAGAUGAAAAUAGAUGCAUUUUUGGGUUCUGCUUUAAUAGACAUGUACUGCAAGGCUGGAAGCUUAGAAAGAGCAUUCUUGGUUUUCAGGGAAUUGACAGAAAAAGAUGUGACCGUGUGGACAACACUGAUCACUGGAUUUGCAUUUCAUGGUCAUGGAAGGAAAGGUCUUGAUCUGUUUUCUGAGAUGCAGAGAUUUCUAUUGCCAAACGGGGUGACUAUUGUAGCCGUUCUGACAGGUUGUAGUCAUAGUGGACUUGUGGAAGAAGGGCUCAGCAUAUUUAACAGUAUGAAGAAGAAGUUUGAUAUUGAUCCCGGAAUUGAGCACUAUGGCUGUUUAGUGGAUCUUUUUUGUCGAUCAGGGAGGUUGGUAGAGGCAAAAGACGUGAUUGAAAAUAUGCCAAUACAACCAAGUCGAAGCAUCUGGGGCGCAAUGCUGAGUGCUUGUAGAGUACAUGGAAACAUGGAACUGGCUGAAAUAGCUUCAACAGAGCUACUCAAGUUAGAGCCAGAGAAAGAGGGUGGAUACAUACUGUUGUCUAAUAUAUACGCUGCCUGCGGGAGGUGGAGCUCCUCGGAUAAAAUUAGAGAAAUCAUGGAAACCAAAGGAGUGAAGAAGACCGCAGGUUGCAGUAGCGUAGUUGUUGAUGGAGUCAUCCAUGACUUUGUUGCUGCGGAUAAGCGGCAUCCAAGGUGGGAAGACAUCUUUCAUAUUUUGCUGUGUCUGAAGAGUGAAAUGAAGCUAGACGAAACUGAUCUAGCCAAUUUUGCUUUGUUUACAAGGUGA